AAGCAAGAGGAUGGAUUCCACGUGGAUGCAGCAGAUCAGAGUGCAGAGGGUUGGAAUUUACCCGAGCAGAUUGAGUGCCUGAGACCGAGUCGAGGAAAAAUUCCGAGAGUAGUGUACCACAGUGUCCUCAGGACUGAUAUCACUGGGUGUGAUGAUGAUUGAUCCUUGAAGAGAGAAGAGCCAUGUCACGUGCUGGUAAUCUGGCGCGUUUAACUCGGCUGUUUCAGUCGUGGCCAUUUGUGUUUAUUGUCCUGGUUUCUGUGGUCAGGCCGAUUUUCGCAAGUGAAUUCCCAGAGAGGGAAUGCUGCGAUCCGAUUUAUCCCAUCCCAGAACCAACAAGCAGAGCACCAAGUGCACCAACACCAACUGGAAGAAGUGGUUCAAACAUCAAAACCGCAGUUGCCAUUCUGAACUGUCUCUUCGCCCGACAGCUUUGCUUCGAGGAUCCGUCCUGCAGUGCCAUUUUGGAAAUAAUCCCCAGGGUUUGUGGACCAGAACUCGUUGCCUGUUCCACUGUGACAGUGACAAAGUGUCAAGUGGCCUUGAAAACACUCCAGGCAUUCUCGUUCUUCAAGCCAACUUGUCUCUGCAAGGAACCCCAUGUUGAUCCCGAUUGCAACAGCUUCCAGAACUUCUUGUUCGAUCAUCCCUGCGUCUACGUUAUGAAAAAAGACAAAGAUCCGUACCCCAAUAAUGUCUUACCAACGUGCAAUCACGCCCUGAAUACGUGUCAACGGGACAAAGUAUGUUCCAAGCACCUCGAGGAUUUCAAAGCAAGUUGCAAAGCACGGGAGGGAAAAUGCAGGGAGAGCAGAGAGGUCUGCCAUGACGCCUGGACCCAACUCCGAUUAUCACCGCUUUUUGGCUGCAUAUGUCCCGUAAAUCAAAUGAAAAAACGAUGCGACAAAAUAUUCGCAAUGAUUAAUCAUAAUCCCUGCGUCGACUUUCUGCCUUCCUCCGCGUCCGUAGACCUAUCGGGAACGGACUCGGCCCUAUAUCCAUUCGACCCCCAGCAGGAGAACUUCCAAGAGAUCUGGUUGCCCCCGACCAGUAUGUACCCCUAUUUUUUAUUCCCCGCGACAUCGCGCACCUAUAGCUACGAUACAGAUGAUAGUGAUGGUCGUAAUCACUAUGGUGUACCAGAAUUGCCAGGUAGCACUGGUACUAGAUACGGUAAAAUGCCGAAUCCACUGCCCCCACCUGAUUCAGAUCAAUCAAAGCCACCAAUAGACACCAGCAAUCAUCAAAUGAGAGGAUUGGAUGGAUCCAGUGGAAAAACUAGACAAUUAGGGAUAGAUAAAAUGGGCAUUAACUCGUCUCCGUCCGCUUCUUCUUCUUUAUCUUCUUCUUCCUCCCUCUCCAACAAGCCCAAGCAUGAUAAGCAGCCAGAUCACAAACGCGAGCAUGAUAAUUAUAAUCAGCACAUCAACAAUAUGCACCAUCAUCGCGAAAGACAUCACCAUGAUUAUCAUCCCGAUUCACCUGCACAACCUGCACCAUCCACUAUAGUGAAAAAUUAUGAUCCUGCACAACCAGCACCACCGCUCCAACCUGGCACCAACGUUUAUGCACCGAGACCUACCUACAAGCACGGUGCUAUCGUUAUCAAUCGUUAUGAUGAUACUGAUGAAUUUGGCCAUCGCAUUGGUAUGCCAGUCGAUCGUCUCUUCGAUCUUCGUGAGGCCUUUGAUGGCUUUGUUGAUCAAGUGAAAAUCAUCUCUCAUCCUGACAACUCGACGAGUUUCGAGAUCAUCGAGUCACAGUUGGAGAAUCCAUUGAUCGACGCCAAUCAUCAGGAUCUCCAUGCUUUGAAGCAACUUGCACUGCCUGGCUUCCGGCAUCGUCCACAUCAUCGUAGAAAUCAUACUGACGAGCAUGAUGAUCCAAGUGGUGCGGGUAUUGACACCGAGAGGAUCAUCCACCAGCCCAUGAAACUCGUUCUGACGACCACGUGUCACAAUGCCUUCGAGCUUUGCAGAAAUGACACAAAUUGCAGUGUUUUAUUUCAACCGGUGCUGAAUCACUGCGACUUGGCCAGCUGUGCACGUAACGAGUGCAUGAACGCCCUUCAGCACUUCUACAAGAAGGCCAACGACAGACACUCCAUGGAGAUUGCUUUUUGCCUGUGCAAAAAAACGCAGGACAAGCAGGACGAGUGCAUGAUCGCCCAGGAGAAGACCCAUCCAGUCUGUGCUCAGGGCCAUGAUCUUGCUGAGCUACCAACCUGUCACAGUCUGGCUGAAGCCUGCAAGGAGGACAGAGCAUGCAGAAAUAAAUUGGAGCACUACGAGCAGAGCUGUGCGGUAGACAGCUUAACGAAAAAGUGUGCAGGACCACCGGCUGAUUGCAGACGUGCAAUGCUUGGAAUUCUCGGUACUGAGUUGAGAUCUAACUGCGCCUGCAAGGGCACUGACAUGACGCAAAUGUACGACUGCCUCGGCUGGCAGCGUCUCCUCUGGGUUAAUCCCUGCGUGGUUGACUCGCAGAAGGACUUUCACGCUCGUAAAAAGCAUCACCAUCAUCCUCACCCGAGGACAACAGCAGCCACUGAAGUGGCAAGCACAACAGCAACGUUUCUGGCAACUGAGCCAACGAUUACGGAGACCAUUGCUGAGGACAAUUUUAUUCCAGAUGUGACAAGGAGAUCUUCCACCCAUGCUGUACCAACGUCAGAGGCAUCGAGCAGUACAACAGUAACACCUAGUACAACAAGUACUACUAUUCGUGUUACGACGCCCAGUACAACGACGACUAGUACAACACCACCACGUUUUUGCGUGGUUCAAAGGGCGAGACAAAACCACCAGUACAUUCGCGUUGGCAAAGCCAAAAGGCUUUAUCGCGAGGAUGAGCCAGAGUGCUCAGAGUUGUGCCAGUGUGGUGAGGGUGAACUGCUCCUCUGUAAUACAAUUUGCGUCGAGUCGUCACCCUGCAAGACUGACUUUGCCUUUUACAACCAUGCGGCACCAGCUUACCAGGCUUAUCGUGGCCGGUGUUUGUGCUACAGCGGUCGUUUCAUAUGCAUGCGGCCUUCUCCGGAGUCUUACAGUAUACCUCAUGGGGUCUUCAUGUUUCUCGGGUACAGCGAGGAAGAUGAAAAUCUACUCAGGAGUCAUAAUAAUCAGACUGUGCUGGACGCGGUCAACUCGCUCGAUAGUUUUAUGCGCGAGGAAGCGAAAAAUCAGACGGUAUGCACUCUUUUCUUGUACAAUAUCACGAGGGAGAAUGUAAUUGCGGUUGCUAGACUCGGUGGGGAUAAUCCACUGCCGAACAGCACUCAGGCGCAGAGCUUGCAGCAUUUGCUACGUGUCAAAGAGGAAUGCGGAGGGAUGCUGCAGGAUCUUAGCAACAAAAUCAACAACAAGUACCAGGAGGUGCAUACACAUCCUCUGCUGUCGAUCUUCAAAAUGGCGGAGGUCGAGGUGAAACUACCACAGAGCAGUGAAGGGCAUGUGGCCAGAUCCUGGUUCAUCCUGGUAAUCCUCUCGAUCCUGUUAAUCACAAUAUCCAGUCGAAUCGAUCUCAAUCCCAGUGUUCUUGAUGCACCGACAUCGUGACAGGCACCGUGAGUCUUCAUAAAACGAAAUAAUCUGGACAGAAUAUUUAUAAAGUGAGAGGGAAAUAAGAGUGCAUUCACAUGCCUGUAUUAUGCUUGAGAAGCGAUGUUAGAAAAUGUGUAUAAAAUUCAAUAUUUAGGAGGUACUCAAAUAUGUAUGAAAAAAUUGUUGAGUGAAUGGAGCUUUUCGUCGGGUGAGAUUCAUCGGCUCUGGGGCUGGGAAUUUUUUCACUGAAACCACUGACUCCGAGUUUAUUCCACAGAGAAAAAAUAAUUCUGAAAUCGUCUUGGUGUUAAAACAAAAAUUUUCUCAUGUCUAUUGAGUCUCAGUUCUAAAUUCAUUGCGAAUAACAGCGCCAUUGAAUUUAUCACUGAUAAAAAAUAAAUAAAUACUAGAAAUUUCUUAGAAUAGUCUAUCGUUUUCUGUCAUUCAGAACUAUUUUCUCUCUGCGUUCCCCGAUAAUCCUCAAAACAUUGGAGUUAAGAAAACUCCAGUUUGUUUCACCGACAAUUUUCCCGGCUAUUCAGUGAAUCACUUUCGUACUCCCGAGAUGAGACCCAGAAAAAUGAUUUAUUCGUGUCAACUGAAUGAGUUUAUUUAAACACUUGUGUGAAAUUUCAGGAGAAGUUGAAGCCAAUAAAAAAUGUGCUCAUCUUCUCGUUCCAUUGUACCACAGAGACGUGACAAAUCGUGGAGUUUUGUUCAGUUCCACAAAUACGUCAUCAUAACUGAGUUUUACGCCUCGAGAGUCUCCAAACGACUGAGAUCCCCCAGAUUCAGUGAAUUUAUUUUUGCAGAGAAACCUGAGAGCAUCUGCCUCUCAAAAUGUCCUUUCAGUAUAAUCUAGAAUCGUCGUUACCUAAAUGACUUCCAUGCCUCCAAAUGUUUACCCCAACCCCCUCCUUCUUAUCAGUGUUGUUUCGCACCGAGGAUCACUGAUAUUCGUUAUCGCUAACUCCCCUCAAAACCCACAAAAGAGAAUUUUUUUUUCCCAUACUUAUCACCCGUGGCAUCUUGAAAACUUUUCCCUCCGAACGUUCCACCCGCGAUGAAUACCACGUCCAUAAACCACAUACCCGAACCAGCAACAAAAAAAUUUUCCCGUGUAAAUAAAUCAAUAUUCAUCAUUAAAAUUCAUCGAAUGCCUUGAAAAUCCUCAUUGUUUUCCCCUCCUGAAACUGCAAUUAAUUACCAUUUAAUUACCAUUCCAGCCCAAUCGUUACUAAAACUUCGAGAAAUUCGUCUCCUGAUAAGACGCUCAAUAUCAAAAUUUCAAAUUUUAAUGGAAGACAUGAUGAAAUUGAUGAACUCAACUGUAAUUUGUAUUUAGAACAUGGAAGCGUUCGUAAUUCAGUGGCGAAAAAUCUCGACCGAGUAAAUUUUGAUAUGUAGCCACCAGAAAAAUGAAAAAAAAAAACACGCUUGGCAAAUUCAAUAGACUCAAAUAUGUUCUUUCACUACUAAUUCCAAAAGUUCUACACUCCACGAAGCAGUAAAUCUCAGCCACGGAUGGCAUCGAUUCGGUUGGCUCACAGGGAUGAGUAAUGCGAUGGGAUUUCCCGAGAGUAUCGGUACGUGCCCGCUUGAAAUGAAAAAUCCGUGCGGACUGUCGUUGAUUUUUGAUUUUUUUUUCUCUCUCUCUCAGUCUAUUUUAUAUCCUUCAGUUUUAUGCCCAACGUUUUUUUUUUAUCCGAAUAAUCCACAUCGAGGGGUGAAUUACGAUGGGUCCAGGAAACGUGGGAAACUCGACGAGUGGCUUCACCGGAUGAAUGCAAGAUUUAUGGCAUCGGUGGUCAUUUAUGCGAGGGGUUGAGCAUUAUUUCAUGAACAGCCACAGUAGACUCUGGAGUCACUCAAAAAGGUGUUGGAUUAAUCAUUGAGAGUACGAAAGUGCCAUGAAGAUGCCAUCACUUCCAGUGUUUAUACCAUGAUUGAUACGACUCUAUCAUUUUCUAUGAAUUAAAUUCAACUGACAAGUGCGACUGGGUGAUGAAUUCGGUUAGCACUGUUUGACGGUGUGCGUGGAUAAUAUUAUUAUAUUAGUUGUAUUAUACACGAGAUUUAUUAUUAUGUAUAUUAACAAGAGGGUGGGGGAAUUAUUUUUAUUGCGAACUGGUGGAAACGAGUCUGGGUCUCGGAUUAUUUCGUUGCACUGAAGAAAUUAAAAAAGAAAAUGUCUUGUUGGAGAAAAAGUUUCUACAUUGAGAAACCCAUUUUCCUCGAUCUAGAAAGUUUUUAUUUCGUUGUUUUUUCAUUGAAGAUUGGAGAUUAUAUCAAUAGAAAUUAGAUGUUGAAGAAGUGAAGAGUAAUGAUGGAACAGUGCGAGGUCAUCAGUUUCUGGGAUACUUUUAAAAUCAUCAUCCCACGAUUUUCCGACUCAUUUCGUUUCGCCAUUUUCGCCAUUCCGCCAUUUCGCC